AAUCAAUUAGAGAAAAAGAAAUAAAUAGACUAAAAGAUUCUUAUUUUGAUAAAUGGUUCAAAAAAGUAGAAGAAAAUACUAUUUUGAUUUGUAUUGCUAAAUUAAUUACUAAAUAUUGGUCACAGAAAAUGAGAAAGUAUGCUGAAAAAUUGAUAUUGAAGAAAGCCAUUAAUGAAAAGUAUUUGGAUAUUCAAGAUAUCAAUUUUGUAACAAUCCUAGAUGAUAACAAUGACAAUGAUAAUGAUUGGGUGAUUGAAGAUAAGGAUGAUAUUAUAAUUGAUCUUAUUUGGAAUAUAUUUGAUAUGAAAUCAUAUUUUGAUUCAGUAGAAAAACAUCGCUUAUGGGUUAAAAUGACAUAUGAGAAACUGAAAAUUUUUAUGCCUUUUCUCACUCCUGAAAUCAUUGAAAGACAUGAUUUAACUAAAUUUGCAUUCAGUCAGGCUGUUGGUUACACACUGAAAUUUGUGCAUAACAUUGAUCAUACUAUUGUUAAUAAGGCUAAUGAAUUUCAUUUGUUUAAUGAACCUCAUCAUUAUCAGACAUGGCUGACAAAGAAAUUUACACCAGAAGAAAAACGUAAGAAAUUGGAUCUUUGGUUGAAAUGUGAUACAGCCACUAGUGAUAAUUAUCCUUAUGGUAUAAAUUUAAAUGAUCAUGAUUUUACUUCAGAAAAUUUGAUUGAAGUUUUUUUAUUUGAAAGUAUUGUAGAAAUGGUGGCUGUUAGAUGGCAAACAAAUCCAAAAUUAGAUAUCACCAUUACUGAACUUAUUACAGUAAUUGAAGAUAGAACACUAU